CCCAGGCCCGGGCUGUGAGAUGAGUCCCUAAUCGGGGGGCGCCGAGCAUUGGGGGCGAGGCGGUGGCGGCGGCUCCGGCUCCGGAUGCUCUGCUUGGUGAGCUUGCCUCACCACCAUACCCCCUCCGAGUGACCAUGGAUCCUGGAGCAGGGUCUGACACAUCUCUGACUGUCAACGAACAGGUCAUCGUGAUGUCUGGUCAUGAGACAAUCCGAGUACUAGAAGUUGGAGUGGAUGCUCAGCUCCCAGCUGAAGAUGAAGGCAAAGGCCUGGAGAGCAUGGCAGCUGACACCUCCCAGAGCGGUGGCCCCACUGAGGCAGAGAAGUCCACCCAAGAAACAGGACCCGAAAAUCCAGACCCCUCUGCAGAGGCAACUGUGAAAUCACUGACUGGGAUCACACCCAGCCCUGUGCCCACUGCUGCCACCUUUAACCAAGUAUCUAGUCAGCCUCCAGCACCACAGACCCUGACACCACUGGCUGUACAAGCCACUCCCCAGGUCUUGACUCAGGAAAACUUAGCAACAGUUCUGACAGGAGUAAUGGUUCCAGCAGGAGCUGUUACUCAACCUCUUCUUAUCCCCAUCAGUAUUGCAGGUCAAGUGGCUGGUCAGCAGGGGCUGGCCGUGUGGACAAUUCCUACAGCAACCGUGGCUGCCCUCCCAGGACUGACCGCUGCUUCUCCCACGGGGGGGAUUUUCAAACCGCCUUUAGCUGGUUUGCAAGCGGCUGCUGUCCUGAACACCGCUCUACCAGCGCCAGUGCAGCCUGCACCGCCCCUGCAGGUUUCCCCGCCUGUCCAGUCCCGGCCUUCUGCUGCCCAGUCCCAGACGCUGUUCCAGCCCCAGCCACUGCUGCAGACCCCACCUGCCAUCCUGCCACAGCCUGCUGCCACCCCUGCCCCAAAGCCAGCAGACACUCCUACACAGAUCACAGUCCAGCCUGCAGGCUUCGCAUUUAACCCAGGAAUCAUCAGUGCUGCCUCCCUUGGGGGACAGACCCAGAUCCUGGGCUCACUGACCACCACCCCAGUGAUCGCCAAUGCCAUUCCCAGUAUGCCUGGGAUCACGAGUCAGAUCUUGACCAACGCACAAGGGCAGGUCAUUGGAACUCUCCCAUGGGUGGUAAACUCAGCCAGCAUAGCAGCCCCAGCUCCAGCACAGAAUCUGCAGGUCCAAGCUGUGACCCCCCAGCUACUACUGAAUGCCCAGGGUCAAGUGAUUGCUACACUGGCCAGCAGCCCUCUUCCCCCUGCAGCUAUCCGGAAGCCCAGUACCCCAGAGUCACCUGCCAAGAAUGAGGUGCAACCCAUCCAGCCCACACCAGCUGUGUCCCAGCCAGCUGUGGUCAUCACCAACCCAGCCCCAGCGGCCAAGCCUUCUGCUUCAGCUCCUAUCCCUAUUACCUGUUCAGAGACUCCUACUGUCAGUCAGCUGGUGUCUAAGCCCCAAGCCCCAAGUCUGGAUGAAGAUGGGAUAAACUUAGAAGAGAUCCGGGAGUUUGCUAAGAACUUUAAGAUCCGGCGGCUCUCCCUGGGCCUCACCCAGACUCAGGUGGGCCAGGCUUUGACUGCCACAGAAGGACCUGCCUAUAGCCAGUCAGCAAUAUGCCGGUUUGAGAAGUUAGACAUCACCCCUAAGAGUGCCCAAAAGCUGAAACCUGUGCUGGAGAAGUGGCUGAAUGAGGCAGAGCUUCGAAACCAGGAGGGCCAGCAGAACCUGAUGGAGUUUGUGGGUGGAGAGCCCUCCAAGAAACGGAAACGGCGCACAUCCUUCACCCCACAGGCCAUUGAGGCCCUUAAUGCCUACUUCGAAAAGAACCCUCUGCCCACUGGUCAGGAGAUCACGGAGAUCGCUAAAGAGCUCAACUAUGACCGAGAAGUUGUAAGGGUCUGGUUCUGCAAUCGACGCCAGACACUUAAGAACACCAGCAAGCUGAAUGUCUUUCAGAUUCCCUAGGGGCUUAGUGGAGAAGACCACUCCCCUCCCCUAGGGCCUGUGUUUUAGCACUUUGUAUUCUUCCCCUGGCAGCCAGCCUGCAACUGCCACUCCCUGACUGCAGCCAGCCCUUCACUUGGUGUAGCUGCAUUAAUCCUGGGUCACGGUACCCAGCAGAGGGCUGCAUGCAUGUCUGAUGCCUGGCUCCUCCCUCUAUCUGUGUCCCAUGGCAGGGACAGGGAAGAGGGGCAGUUCUAAGGGCCCCAGAUUCUUUGUAGAGGAGCCAAGCCAGAGGAGCCAAUGAUCUCUGGGGAAAAGCACUUUGCAAAAGUGGUUUUAAGGGAGGAAUUCUAGUUGGGAACCCAAAUGCCUGUCCCUGUGAGGGGUUAGCAAGUCCGAAGGGACACUGACCAUUACACUCUUGUUUUCUGUGACACCCUCUGCCCGGCUCCCACUUCUCCUUUAGGUCCCUCUGUGGUUGUGUACAGAGGAACACAGUCUCAUUGAGCCUCCUGAUCCUGUCAGGUGCCCUGCCCCUUUUCAAGGAUCCAUGGGACAGGAAUAAAUGAAGCUUGGGGUGCUGUUCAGGAGAUGGGUUCCCAGAGCCAUGUCCUUGAAUGCUGAACCCCUUUGUCACAUAUCUGUUACCACUCCCUUAUCCUUCCUAUCCCUACCCUUGUUCCUUUGGAAACAAAUUGCACUAACACAGAUUCCUUUAUUCCAUGCUUCUAAUGGGAGGAGAAAAUAGUGAUUGCCAAGCCCCUAGCUACCCAUGCCUUCAGUGGAACAGAGGUCCUGGGUCAUUCUAGGGACCAACCAACCUCCCAGACUUGUAUAUAAUGUCAGUCCCUGGCCUUUCCUUCAUUCCUUCCACCCCCAACAUCUAAGGAGAAAAUUGUGCUUGGGCUGAGUGUGGUCUGAAAAACCCCGCUGACAAAGCAGUAAACUUUGGAGAAAAAUGAGGAAGAGAAUGUUGUGUCUUCCUCCUGUCAAGCACAGCACUGGGGCCUCCCCAGAGGAGCAAAUUAAAUUAAAAAGCAAACAAACCCAGACAACCAGGCCUGCCUCAGGAAAAGGAGCAAAACUCAGCAAGAGCUGAUACUCCUUCUCCUAACAUUCUUCCCUCUUCCUGUCCCCUCACCCAGAAGAUUGAACUUAAACUUUCUCAAUUAACUUCUUGCUCUAGACUCUAAAGAUGAAAUUCUCUUUGUUCAGAGGCCCAGCCCAAGUCUGUACUUGUAAAUUCACCCUGUUAUACCCCUGAAUCAUUUCAGAUAUGCUUAAAAAACAAAACAAAACACUGGCCUGUUUCCUUCUCCAAAAUUUUACUCAGUUUUCUUUAGCUAUUAUAACAUAGAUUUGGCCGUAUGACUUCAAAGGGUCAGACAGGACUUGUUUUUUUAGAUAAACCUGAUUUUGCUUACACAACUUACCACUCUACAUCUUCCAUUACCUUACUGAGUCAGGUCCCUAACAACAAAAGGGUACACCCUAGGGUUAGCCCACUCCCAAGUCCCCACAUGCUCUUCCCAUGGUUAGAAUAGACUCCUGUCUUCUAAGAGGAGAUUGUCCAUUGCCCAGUUCACCCAAAAUUUGGCUUACAUGGAGAGGCAGCGUGGCAAACACAAGCCAGGAUCUUGCAAACACAUUGCAAUUAUGAGAUCCACUUCCUGCUCCAGAUUCCACUGGCAUGCUCUACUUUUCUCCUUCAUUUCCAACUCCCAGCUGAGAUCUCCUAGCCCUGUGCACUGUCAACAUUUCUUAAUGGCUCUGUAGCCCUGCCAGUGAUCGAAAGAAAUGCAUGUUCAGGGUUAUUCUCCCUCAUUCAGACCAAAUCACCUGAGAAAGGAGAAUGUGGUAGGGGGAAGAACUAGGAUUUAUUUCCCUUCACAUUGCCUAAAGAGGAAAAUAAACAUGAGGAAAGAGAGGAGCUGUAGAGGAUUAUGAGCCAACAUCAGAGAGAACAUAGGGAGACAUCUAGGGAUUCACCUAGACAAGGUUUCAGUUUAUGUCCCAUUUUAGUCUACAUCUGCACCUCUCAGAAUUAGGUUAAAUCCUAAACACCCUCUCAGUGGUGAUCAGGAUUCAUGUAAAUGAUGCUUAAUAAUACCUGCAAAUUGCCUUGAACCCCAGUGACUUAGGUGAGACUUAGCCUGACUAGCUUUUCUGUCUAAGACAGAGCUUUCAGGAGUGGGAAAUGUGAUGUCACUAAUAGUGGGGUAGAAGCAGACUUCUUAUUUUCCAUCACUCCCCUGGAAAAAAUAUACAGACAACCCCACCGACCAUUGGGAAAAUAAUUGCUAACAUUUAAAUAGCGCUUUAAUAUUUACAAAGUGCUUAUUAUCUAUUAUUAGCUUAUUAUGUCAUUUGAUCAUUAUAAAAUGCCUCACUGCUCUUCUAGGUAAUUCUAUCAGUGGGAGUUCCAGGUCACUGUCUCUUUGAAUCUUUUUCAUUGUCAGGUACUGAGAGCAAUUGGAAUGAAUUUUGGGAGUCUUUCUCUGGACUUGGAAUCAUAGCCAGUGGCUGCUAAGUGCAUAAUGGGAAGGGUGGAGGAAAAAUUAUUAGCUUUCUCUUUUUUUCUUUCUCUUUAGGAAGAAAGUCUAACUCUGUAGUUUUAAGGAGCUGAUCCCUGUGCUGGGCACAAGGACAUGACAUUCCCAUUUCAAAAAGGAGCAGAAUAGUGGUCCCAAAAACAGUUGCCUAAAGGAACAGUGGGCUUGUUGGUCAUAACCCUGAGUGACAUACAAAAUAAAUAGGCAUCCGGAUAGACCACACAACACAACUAGGACUAAAUAUAGGAAGACAUGCCAUUUCUCAGUAUGCCGACACCCAGAUGCCCUCCUGCCUCAUAGAUCAUAUUUUGUUAAGUCCAUUUCUCUCUGUGCUUAUCUAUCUGUCAUGGGGCAAGGUCAGACCCUAUGGUGUCAAGUGGUUGUCUUUUUUUCUGGUUGGGUGGGAGGAGAAGUAUUUGAUGUAGUUGUGUGAAAUAAACAGUAUUUUUUUUUCUUUUUCUAUCAA